AGCAGACACACAAACCAAGCAGCUCAGAGGAGAGAGAGAGUGAGAGAAAGGGAAAGAAAAAGGAAAAGAGCAAAAGAAAGAGAGACAGUCAGCAGCACUAACAGCAGCAGCAGCCAAGAGGACCAGGUCUGCUCAGCUCUAAUCAGUCAGUGGCAACAGCAGCAACAGCAACAGCAACAGCAACAGCACUGCACUUGUUUUGCCACCUCAAAGAGGAAAAAAACAGGCUACUCCACAGACCUCAACAGGAUUUUUGUUGUUGUAGGACCACUGUCCUCUGUUUUUCAACAUUUUGUCGUGAAGCUGUCUUCGGACACACACCUUAAGGAGGCAACAACGACAGAGAAGGAGGCCACGGACACAAAAGUGCAGGCUCUUUGCCAGGAGAAGGAGCAAAAGCAGCAGCAGCAGCAACUGACUUUGCCAACACACUCCUCCAGACCCACGACAGCUGCGAUGGCCGCCCGUCAGAUGGAGGUGAUGGUGGGCUUCCCCAUGCUGCCCGCUCACCUGCUCUCCUCCGCCAUGGAGGAGUUCCCCCAGCAGCUGCCCGUGCCCAAGGGUCCCGCCCGGGGCCGCAGCCGCCCGCGCCGCCCCCGCGAGGCCCGCUUCAAGACCCAGCCGGUCACCUUCGCCGAGAUCGCCGAGGUGGAGGAGGAGGGCGCCUCCCCGCUGGAGGAGGAGAGGGCGCGCCGCUCCUUCCUGCAGUCCCUGGAGAACCUGCGCAGGAGCACCCAGAACCUGCAGGGAGGGAGCGCCACUCCAGCCCGCGCCAUGGCUCACUCCUCUUCAUCCACACCCACACAAGCCAGCCUGGACUCGGCCAGCGACUCCGACUCUGCACAGUGACCGAGGAGCGGUCAAGAGAGAGAGAGAGAGAGAGAGAUGGAAGGGUGGAGGGUUUCUGGACUGAAGAAAGAGUGGAGAAGAGGACAGACCAUCAGACAGGGGUGAUGAGGUCUGGGUCUGGCCUUGAGGAAAAGAAAGGAAGGCACACAGACAAGAGACAACCAGACACACAUAUGGAUGAACUUUCAGUUCCUCUCUCCUUGGACUGGACAUUGAUCACUUUAAUAAUGCGUGUAGGUUUUUAUUUUUGCUGUCACAUGGUCUAGAGAUCCAUCCACGCCAAUGAAUAUUGACCAUAUCCACAGCUUGUACAGCCCAUACUGACUUAUCUGAUGCAUUGUCAACCACGCUGCUCUUUCUGGCAGUGUGGGCCUACGGUACAGUCGACUGGCUGGACAGCACUGCUUUUGGCAAAGAGCUAAUCAUAGUUUGGUUAGAAGGGACGCAGUGAUAGUUCCACUUUAAUUCCUUAUUAUUAUUACAUUAUGUUCCUGUAUUUUUUUACCGUGUAAAGCGUAUUGAACUUGAAGCAGAGCUUGAAAGUGGAAAAUUAUAUUAUUUUUUAUUAUUUUGAAUAAUGUUGCAUUUCCUUUUGUUCACCUCGUGCCUGCUCUUAGUUUCUACAUGUGCUGUAUAAUGUGGUAGAGGAGUAGUCUUGGGCAGGACAAUAUCAUAUGAGGCACUGAUGGAGGCCUUUAAGCUCUCUGUAAGCUAUCUUGCUCUUGAACUUUCUCUGCAAAGCUUUGUUCUCUGUUCUCUUUUUCAUUGGACGCACACACUACAAAAUGUGUCAUGAAAUGAGAAGCAAAGUUAUUUGUUAAAUGAGUCUGAUAUUUAUUUACUUAUUGUAGCUGAAAUAGAAAAAGACACUGUGGGCUGGCGACGCCACUUUUCAUAGAGAUAUACGUAUAUAUAUGUAGAGAGAGAGAGAAUGACUUUAUACUUUAAAUGAUUUUACUUUUGUUAUCUUUGUACAGUUUCUUAUUCCUUCAAUAAAUGUUUCCAACUGUA